AAGGAGAGUGAAGCCACAACAGAGACACCAGCAGGUCCAGAGGAUAGAAAAAAUAAGGCAGAAAAGAAAUAGGGUGCCGAAAAGCAGGACAAUCAGGGAAAAAUCAUCCCCUCCUCCUCCUCCUCUUCGCCCUAUCCUCCUCACUGAGAGACAGUGCCACCAUGGAAACCGGGAGCCCCAGGAAGAUACAGUUCACCGUCCCCCUACUGGACACCCACCUGGACCCAGAGGCAGCCGAACAGAUCAGAAGACGUAGACCCACUCCUGCCACUUUAGUGGCAUCCAGUGAUCAAUCAUCACCUGAAAUAGAUGAAGAUCGUCUCCCAAACCAGCUGUACAAGGCAGCCUUGCUGAACUCCCCUCGACAACGGCGAAAAGGGCAAAAGGGAACUCCCACAAUGAAAGAGCUGCAGUUCCUGGUAGAGCACCAUCUGUACAGGCAGCAGCAGGGAGCUGCGGACGAGUGCUCCUCAGAGAGCUGCCUGUCGGACCGGCCCAGCCCCGACUCUGUUCCCCCCGGGGAGGAGCUCCCACACGACGAUGAGGCCACUGCGGAGGCCUUUGAGAAACUGCGCUGCCAAAUGGAGGAGUUCUCGAGGGAAAGUCUAUUAGAGGCUGCAGGUGGACUCGAGUGCCCCCUCUCCCAGGAGAAAGAGGAUUGUUCCAGCGUUGCCAAUGUAGCAGAUCCCUCAUCGCAACAGAACGACGCACAAGCAGACACAAAAGCUGCCGCAUCCAGUGCGAGUCAGCCGGCAGAGGAAAAGACAAAGAAAUGCAGCCUGGAGAAAGAGAAAUAGAGUUUUCUUCUGCACAACACAAUGCUGCUCAGUCGACUCAGCCAGCCCAACACAAUGACAGAAGAUUGUGUCUGCAGAUCCACUUUUUAGAAACAUCAGGGCAAAUACAGUAUAUUCCUCUACAGUCAGGCCUUAGUUACCACCUCGAGAACAAGAACAAAGGUUUCUACACUUAUUUUGUGUCAAACAUCUCAUGUAAAGGGACAAUUAUUUAAUUAUAUCUGUUUUCUAUUGCUUCCCCUGCACUUAUCUAAAACUAAAACUAGCGUACUGUAUGUAUGAACCAAACUGGGAGUUAAGAUCUAGUUAAUGGGACAGUCUUUUCCUGUCUCGUUCACACAAUCAUUAUCAUAAACUACCACAACUCACAUGCUUAAUGUCUGUUUGAACGUUCAAAAAAGGCAGCCAAUUUUAUAUUUGCAAUUGUUUUAGGCAAUUUUCAUCAUUAAAUAUGUGCCAUGACUUCUGCAAUUAUUGUUCCAUCUCAAAACAAUAAAAAUGCAUUGGUACCUCAUAAAUAACUUAAAUAAAAAAUAAAUUCAAAUUCACUUUGUCCCAGUGACCAAGAUACUCAGUCUUAAAUUAGUGGACAGUAUAUUUGGGUUGACUGACAGUUUAAAUGCAUAAAUAUAUGUUUACCAUACUAGAUUGGACAUCUACAAAUGUGUCCCUAAAGUCCAACUGAAAUUAAUUGAAAGUUUUUCUCUGCUACAUCAGAUAGAGCUGCAACAGUUAUUUGAUUCAGUUGUUAGUUGAUCAGCAGAAAAUUAAUUGGCAAUUAUUUUGAUAACUGAUUGAUAACUCAUUCAAAAAUGCCAUAAUUCUUUGGGCCCCCAAUUUUAGCAUUUUUAUUUCUCUGUAUACAUCAUGGUCUAUGUAGAUGGAGAAUUUAAAUUACAGCCAGUCAAAUGGCUUCAUUUCAAACCACAUUUGCAUAACGCAGUAACCUUACCGUUGUAUCAUGGGCAGUUAAUGAGAGUCAACUCGCAGCCUGCUACACAACAUGAGAGACUCAGACUCAUAACAAAAACCUACAUUACCUUUCCUGCUAAAGUCUCUUUCUUAUCUAACUUACAAACAUGAACACAUAUCUUCUCCUGCUCCUUAGCUCGUAGAACGAGCAACCAAACAGUCACCGGGGAAAAGUGCACUGCUGACAUCAGUUUGCAGAGAAGCUGCUCAGCUGCAGCACAGUAAAUAGCGUGUAAAACGUACCUAUAAAUGUCACUUCAGUCCAGUUAGAUGCUCGUGGGAUCUUUACUCUUGAGUAGCACUAACAACACACUGUCUGCCCGUGACUUGUCGACUAUAAUGUAAGUUUGUUUGUCUCCCCUUGUCCUGCUAAUCACAGACACAGCACACCCCCAGCUGCUAAGAGGAAAAGGAAUAGUUCUGAUAUUUCCCCCAAGACCUUUUUUAUCUUCUUCUUAAUAAUAAAAAUGUACUGACAAUGCAUUAAAAAACAAAAACGUGUUGACAUUGUUUUUGACUGUAAAGAGGGAUAGCUAAAUGUGAUUUCAGUUGGACUUUAAUGUUUGAUUAUCUUGGUCAUAUUAUAAAUCAAAGAUGCUUUUAUUCCCAAAGCAUGGCAAUGAGGACGUUAUUACUGGUAAUAUCUCAAUUAAUAAUAAUGAUAUCAUGUCUUGUUAGAGUAAUGCACUGAAACCCAGACCAUUAUAAGCCAAAUCAUGUGGUUGUAAAUCUCUAGCUGACAAGCAGGGUACUUUACAGAGGAUUGUGCUUGCAGAACCAUUUGCAUAUUUUUGAUUAAAAAGGACAAAUCCAUGUCCAGUGAAUAAAUUGCACCCUCAUUUUUGACACUUGAAUGCAUUGGAAAAUCUAAAUCCUGGUCAUAAAACACCUCCUUGCAUGGCACUUUUUUCUAAGCGUAAUGUCCUUACUGGGUUUCAUUUUUGAAUUGGAACUAAUUUAAACAGUGAAACAAACAUUUUAAAUACCAGACACAAAUUGUAAUUACUGGCGUUCCCUUUUAUUUCUAGUUUUGUAUGUAACAAGAGCAUCAUCAUCAAAGUCAUCGCUACACUAUUACAGUAAAUGUUUGUCAUUUCAUUUGUUGUCUGUAUCACUGAAGUGGCAUUAUUAUGUAGAUCAUGUGACAAUCCUUCCCUAACCUUCACAUUGUUCUUGGCAUGUCUGAAAGAAAUUAAACAAAAGAAUGAAACUGAAACAGAAAACUAAAGUCACCCUAGUAUUGAUGUCACUUUAGCAGAUUAAUCAGCCACAGUAUGAGCAGUUUAUCUACCGGUUGCCAACAAUGGCCGCUAUGUCCGCAAUGAACAAGAAAGACGGUAAAACAUUCCUGUGCAAGCUUUUGUUUUCUUCUUCUGCAGUGUAUUUAUGGACCACGUAAUGUUUGUUCUGUUUUUGAAUGGCAAUAGUGUACUUUACAUGAAUUCAAUCUGGGGAGCUUUUG